CCCCAGGCCGGCCCCUUGACGUUCAUCUUAACGGGUAGCAAGCAUUGUAACGGACCGUAAGUAUGUCGUAGUGAUGAUACACGAUAAGCGCCACCGCCCAUGGUCAGCGACUGCGUGCUCUUCCUCCUCCUCCUUCCCGACGCCAGUCAAGAUCAAGAAACCGAGACUCUGAUGUUCACAUCAUACCCAACUCCUUCGGCCUGCUUUGCGUCAAGCACAGUAGGGCCUGUAACAUCGGACACCCUUCUCCGCUGGCUCAACAUGCUCAACAAUGUCAGUAAGAAUGGCACUCUGACAGUUCGGAGAGUCUCGUUGCGGCCACUGGCGCCGUUUCAGUUUGCUGUCAAGCCGUUGAAAGUGAGUGCUUCUUCUGAUGUGCUAGCCCGUGGAAACUACGGUUGCUUCUAUGCAGGUGCGUACCGCACACAGUCGACCGUGAUGCACUGGGGAAUCAGUUGAACCUUUACUCUAGAUGCCGAUUACGACCCUAAAUUUACACCACCGAGACUUCCCUUUGACGGGCUCAAUCGGCAUCCUUCGCUAGAAUCCAUGAAGAAAAUAUUUGGAACGUGGGAAACACCCGCCGCCGAAGAAAGGCUCAAAUAGG